UAACAAACACCCAGAUCAGAUUUGUCAUCAGAACCAGACUUAGAAGUGGCAUCACAGCAAAAGCAAGAGCAAGAAAGGCCUGAUAAAAGUGAAAAUAACCACCCCCAGGAUAAAGUUAUUUUACAAACAUGUAUCCUGGCUGAAAAGACAUCUGAAAGCCAAACCAAGCAAAUUAACAUUCCACUUGUGCAACUGCAAAAUAUGGCUCGAGAACCAGAAAUGAAUAUGGAAUGUGAUAGACAGGGUGAUAGAUCUGUACAUUCAGAACAUCCUCGUGUGCACAAGAAGUAUGAGGAGAUACAGAUGAAACAAGGCAAAUUAGAUUGGAAAAAUAAUGUGAAACGCAUGAGCAGAGAGUUAAAGCAGAAGAUUGGUAAAACUUGUGAAAAGUACCAAAUUAUUACUCAUCCUAAGUUAGAACCACUACGUGGUAAUUCUAAAGAAGCAGACGUAAAGGAAAUACCUCCUAAUGUGACAAAAGUUACACUUGAUUGUGAGGAAAAAGAUGAAUUGGGAGUGUCUGUCUCUGUAGUACCUCAGGCCUUUCCUGAACAAAAAGAGCCUAGUCUCGAAAAUGCUAUUCUCUCUCAUUCAUACUCUGGGUCCCCAGACUAUGCUUGCCAGUCAUCUUCUAAGCUCUCUUCCCAUGAAAAUGAUAACAAACCAGGUGAGCAUGUUUUUAACAAAAAUGAGAGUCUUGAUAGCGAUCCAGAAAAUAAAAAAGUAAGGAACCCACUAGUUACAUUUGAAGUGAAAGAAGACCAAGAGUUUGACAUGCAGAUGGCCAAAAGUUUGAACCAAAAUACCACCAAUAGUAAAUUAGACACUGGAUAUAUCCCUCCGUAUAGUGACCCAGAAAGCCUUUUUGAUUUGCGGCUUGCCCACUCCAAUGUGGCGAAACAAAUGAUUCAGAAGAAAAGGCAUGAUACUUCUGCUAUUACGAACACUUACAAGAAAACAAAACCAAUACAAGACUCUUUCCAGAACCCAUUAGAUGCAGAUAAUGACAGUACUAAUAACUAUAAAAGUACGGAACCUGCAUUAGAAAAUGUGAGUUCUUCACCACGUCCUUUCAGAACAUCAAAAGUAUAUCAAAAAGAAGAAUUACAGCAAGAUAUGCAAAAUCUGCAAAGGUUUAAGAAUGAGAAAGGCAUGUUACAAGUAGAACUCCUGGCUUUGGAAAAAGAGAAAGUUGAACUUCAAAAAGAGACUGGAAAAGAAAGGAAGCAGCACACGAGUAAUAAAAUGGAAGGAGCAGAAAACAUAUAUGAUGCUGCUGCUGCUGCUGCUGCUGCUCCUGCUCUUGGUACUGCUCUUGCUGUUGCUGCUGCUGCUGCUGCUGCUCCUGCUGCUGGACUAAUUCAACAAAGAAAGACUGGAAAAACUGAUAACCACCUGUUUCCUACUACGCAGAAUGAAGAUUCUGAUAGUAAUGAUCCUGGUUUGUCUAUCAUGGAAAUAAAGAAAGAUAAAAAUGUAAAGUGGGCAUCAAAAGCAUCUGUGAUUACACCAGGCUUUGAGGAGGCCGAUUCCCUAACUGGUAGUCUACUACGAGUGAGUAAUGACAACAGUCUAAGUAAAAUGGAUCAGGAUGAAAGAAGACCUGCAAAGAAAACAUCUAAGGAAAAGAACAAGGUCAAAAAGCAAGUGAAUUCUGCGGAGCAUCUUGAUGACGAGCAUCUUGAUGACUUAACUCAGUCAUCUGAAACAGCUUCAGAGGAUUGCAAGUUGCAAUACUCUGAUUAUAAGAGUUCCCUGUUGCUCAUUGAACUUGGCAUGGAUUGUAAAGAUUCUGUUAGCGUAUUGACGAUCCAGAAUGCAAUUCUUAAAUACAAAAGAUCAAUAGUGAAAUGCUAG